AUGGUCCGCGCUGGCAAGGGUCAUGCGUUGGAUGAGAUCUACUUCUGCAUUCGAGCCCUGUCGGCAGCCCAUCCGUUUGAAACGGCUCGAGAUCGUUUGCAUGCUCGACUUGCAGCGAUGAAAAGAAAGUUACACCGGCGAGCUAUUUCCUAUGUGAUCAACACUGUCGGCUUAUUAAUUACAAAAAUCGGUAUGGAGUCAUUUCCGAGAAGAAUAUGUUGUUUGACCCUUCAAGUAGCUUCAGGAGAUGAGGACGUGUGCAGUGUUCAACAGCAGCAAGCAGUUCACGCUCUUGUCAGUGUGUUUGGAGUAUUUCUGCGUCCGAUAGAUCUGAGGCUCGCUGAAGUCAAUUCAUGGAUCAAAGGCUCCUCUGAAGUGCCACUGGUUGUGUCACGUGUACUGCCAGCUGUUUGUGUGCUUUGUGAGUGGUUCUCUUGUCCACAAGCGUCAGCCAUAUACCGAACGAUGCCAUCGGUCGAGCCAUUGCCGACGUCCAUAGUUGACAUUGAUACCUGGCAUCUACUGGCAAACAUCGCCAAUGUGCUGGCUCGAUUGCAGGAUGGUGGCGAAAUGGUGAAAAUAGAAAAUAACGCAGGCUCAGCCAAAACGUGCAUCCUGCCUGAGCUUGCAUAUUUGUCAUCGUUCUCGACCGUGUUUCCAUCGUUUCCUCGAAUACUUCGCUACACCGAUGCGAACAAUGAAACAGCGGACUCGCUGAUACCGGUUCAAAUACGUCUAGCGCAACUUCUGCUGGCCGCUGAGUAUUUAGACGGCUCUGAUCUGUCAUGUUUUUUCUUUUGCGAGAAAACGGGACGAUUCAAGCGAAGUGACCAUGUUGAAGGUGAUCUGAGAGAGCGUUCAAAAGCCAUACAUGCUCAACGAACUGAGGAGUCGCCAAGGGUUCCAACACCAUUGACAAGGGAAGAGUUGCUCGAACGAGAAAUGCGCAAGCACGAACAGUUGUUAGUGGUGAAACCAGUCUAUUUGGUUAUUGAUACGAACGCUUUCAUUGAUCAGUUGAGCGCUAUUCAGAAAAUUCUGCAGUGCGAACGUUUUCGAGUACUGAUUCCAACGACAGAAGUUCGCGAGUACAAGGACCGACCGAAGGUGCACGACAAGUCGACCGAAGGUGCACGACAAGCAGUGACGUGGUUACGUGAGCAGACCAGGCAGAAGAACGCACGUCUGUUCACCUUGACGAUGCGUGGACGCCGACUACCGAUCGCGGUGGUUCGAGAAGAAGCCGGUGACGAUGGUGAAGUGGUGAACGACGAUCGUAAUCCUGCGAUCAUGUGUGAAUUUCACGCAAUCAGAACCGGCACCUGA